AUGGGACAGUUUCCAAGUCAUGUUCCGAAACCGACGCCCGAGGAGCGAACUGCUAUGUUCAAAUUGCUAGGCACAGUAGCGAAGAUGUCGGGUUCAAGUGGCCCAAGCCUUACAGAGGAACAGAUCGCAGUGCUUUUUUCUCCAGAUUAUGAGCCCCCUAAUAUGGAUAAGCAGGCCGUUACUUUGACGGUAAUAGUUCUAUUCUGGCUGGUAUCGUCGAUAUCUUUAAGAUUCUAUUCACGAUUCAGAUACGGUGCUCAGAACGGGCCAUUACUAGACGACUGGCUGGUCCUUCUAGCGACAGUAUCUUGUAUCGCGUACGCCUUUGUCAACCUUUAUGCCUUCUUAUACGCAGGGUUCGGACGAUUUACAUACGAUCUCACGAUUAAACAAUUCGAUGAAUGUCUAAAACUUUUCAUCGUCAACUUUACAACUUUCGCUAUCGCAAAUACGGCAGUCAAAGUGUCCGUAUUGGUCUUAUACCGUAGGAUAUUCGACUCAAUGCAGACACACAUGAGACGAAUAGUAUACUUCCUGAUAGUAUUCGUUAUCAUCUUCUGUCCGAUCUCUCUAGCCGCCCAAGCAGUUACCUGCAAACCCUUCCGCGCCUUUUGGAGCCUUGAAUUAAGAGCGGACCCGAAUACUAAAUGUACUAAUGGUGCUGCUGGCAGCUAUGCCGUUGGUGCAAUCCGUACGGUUCUCGAUGUUGUCAUAUUUGCACUGCCGUUAAAGCAUAUUUGGGAUAUUAAGACCUUUUCGACAAGAAAGAAAGUCGCAAUAACCGGCAUAUUUACGCUCGGUCUUGUUGCUUGCGCCGCUUCUAUACUCAAACUCGCCCUGUAUCACGAAUUCCUACACGGGGACCUCACAAGAAGUAUAUUUAAUGCAGUUGUUGCAGAGGCUUUGGAAUACACUAGUGCUAUAGUUGCCGCAUGUGUACCCGCUCUUCUUCCCAUGCUGAAGUCUGUCUACAGAAAUACCAGCUCAACUAUCAGACAAAUCACAAGCGGUGGAAAAUCUCAACUUCAGUCAACAACUACGCAUAUCGCUGGCGGGCCGGGAAAUAUGCAUACCGAAUCUAUCAAAAUGAAGGGAAUAAAAGUUUCUCAUGCGGUCUCGCAAACCAUCGAGAUUCAUAGGGAGGAGGACGAUACGGAACUUAUUCUUCAGAUGCAAGAUGAGAGCGAUUUCAAAGAUGAUAGCAGUAAACUAACCCACAGUGCUAAUAGAAGUCAAACGAGUGUAUGA